UUUUUUUUUUUGACAAUAAAGGCUUUAAAUUUAAAAGGCAAUAAUUUGAUGUUUUAAUACAGAACCAUAGGACAAUAUCCACGUGGUCUGAACCGACCACUUCAAACCCCCAAAAGCCCUGCAAUAUCUUAAUAAGCGAAUACUACUCUUUUCUUCUCUCUAGAGAUAAUCUACUUCUUGGUAUAAAUACAUUACACACACACUUAUAGAGAGACAUCUAGACUUCCCUUUACACAUUCUAAAAACUCAGACCUUCGCCAAAACUAGAGAAGAUCAAGAAGAAGAAGAGUUAUACAUGGAGAGAUCACCAUACUACGGUUCAUCGUACUUGGACUACCUCUCUCUCCCAGACCCACAUGUCUGUUUUUUCUUCAUGGUUGUGUUCUUCGUGUUGUCCCUCACAUGGUACUUGAACUACGAGUCCGUCCUCGAAGACACCAUGAACCAGCUCAAGCUCGUCUUCAUGCUCUCCCCUCUCUUCCUCCUCCUCCUCGUCCACAUCUUCUCAGGCGGCCUUUCCUUCUACGUCCUCUGGCCUGAACAAGACUCCAUCCACCGUGCUGGUUCUUCUCCUUGGGGAGUAGCAACAGUUCUCGUGAUCAUCUUGUUCAUGGUCUCGUACCAGUCAGACAUCCAUGAGAUGUGGUUCCCCUUUGGGGCUAGGUAGAUCGAUCAACCUAAAAUUUUCCUUAAAACAUAUGACCCGCUUGAGAUAUGAAACAUCCAUGUAAAAUCUAGUCUCUCAUGUGAGAUGUUAAAGUAUGUGUACGAGGGAAACUUUUGCCGAAGAUCUUUCAAGUCUUAUCAGAGUGUCUUCAUGUAGAUAAAAUUAAGUGUCUCUGCGUGUGUAUAUUCUACUUGUAUUCGAAAAAUUCCCUUUAUAAAAUGAGAUGUAGAUUAAAAAAACUGUUGCAAUAGAAAAGUUUUGUGGAUGAAUGGAUGCAUGAGCUAAACUCCUAAAAUGAAUCUUACGGUGCCUCAUGUAUGUAAUGUACACUGACACAAACAACUAGUGGUUCUUCUUGUCAUCUUUUGACAAGUGGGAGUUUGUUAUUGUCUACGUAAAUAUUUUCCGGGAUUUCUUCACCUUUUUUAUUUGUUAAGAAAUUACAAAAACUUUUGCGAUUGCUUUGUGAACGUUGCUUUGUUUUGGUUAUAGAAAAGAGUAAUUUUGAAAUUUUGAUUAAAAAAAUCGAUCACUAUAAUAAUGCCAAAGUGAUAUCUUUUAUUUUCAAGUUUGUUUUGAUAAAAAAAGAUACCGACAUGUAUAUUUGUACUAACAAUUCUCACCACUACUUUAUAAAGUUAGGGGUACAUUCUAGACUAUGAAUUCAUGAAUACUCAGGAUUGAAAGCGACAUUUGUCCACUAUAAUUCUGCCAGAUUUUCAAAUCGAGCGUCGUUCUUAACUGAUAGAAACUAGAUGAUUGAUCCACGUUAUGUGUGAGAUUGUAAUAAUAAUUUAGUAGUUCUGAAAUACAACUUAAUAUAAGUUGCAAGUUUUUUUUACAGAACAAACAAGUAAAUGUAAAAAC